UUCUGUUGCUGUGCCUCAGAUCUGCCCAUCCAGAAGACCAGCAAGGCUCUAGAGGAGAACCAAGCCAUUCUGAGGACACUGCCUGAAAGUAAACAGAGCGGGAAAGCUCACAUGGGGCCAAAACAAUGUCCUCAGAGUAGAGGGAAUGGUCAGCAGCCUUCUCGCCAGCUAUCACGACCCAGUGCUGCCCCCUACAGGCAGGGCAGGGGAGGACAUCCUGCCGCACAGCGCAGGGCAACCCUACUCGAGAUGCUUCUGGCUCCAGAGAUUCGCCACGAGAGGAAUGUAAUCCUUCAGUGCGUCCGCUAUAUAGUCCAGAAUGCUUUCUUCGGGCUGAACCACAAUGCCCAAAACGGCAAGGUGGCGGACAGGAUAAUGAUUUCUGAGGCUGGAGAAAAGCACAGACCACUGAAAGAACAACAGUCUGGAGAUGAGUUGGACCCACCAGCAGAAGAUGCUGUAAUUGUUGGAAAACAGCAUCAAAAAAAGGCCUGUCAGCAGUUUGGGCAGCCUCAGGACAAUGGAUGUUACUCCCCAGUAAAUGACGCUGUUAAUGGUGUUGGUCAAGCUCCCCCAGAAGUUUGCCAUCAUAGGCAGAUCCAAGAUGGUGGGUGGGACUCUCUGGUUGAGAACACUAUGAUAAAUGUAGAGAACAAUAAUGCAGGUGUCAAUAAAGAUGUGGGCCAAGCCGUGGAAGAUAAGCAGAGUUUGCCAGCAGAGCACACACUUAUUAGUAUAAAUCAAAACGCCACAGAAACAUUGAAGCAUCUAGGACAGUCUCAGGAUGUUGACAGUGACUCUCCAGGGGUGGGCACUGUGAUUGAUGUGGAUAUGCCUCCAGCAGAAGCCCACUUGCCACUCUGCCAGCCUCAAGAAAACAAGCAGAAUUCUGUGGCAACAGACAGUGUAAUUGGUGAGGACCCACACCUUUCAAUGGACACAGAUCUCAGCCAGGCUCUCCAGGAAGGUAGCACAGGCCCCAAGGUCCCACUAACAAAGGAAACUGUGAUUGCUGGAGACCAUCACCAUACAGUAGAAAAUGCUGGGAUUGGUGGAGACCAUUACCCUGAAACAGACAAUAUUAAGGGUGAUAAAUCCACAUCAUCUAUGAUAGAUGAUGAAAUCUGGGAAAUUCCUGAAGUUUAUCAUGACAAUCUAUAAAAUUCCACUACUUCUAAUAUUCAACAGGAA